AAUGAAUAUAAAUCAUUGCAAGAAUUGAAUUUAAGAAUGCCAAAAUUGAAUUCCAAAGAUUUUGAAUCAAUUUGUAAUUCAUUGAAAAAAAACUCAUCAAAUUCUUUACAAAAAAUUCAUAUUAAUUCAGAAACUGAUGAUCAGGGUUUUGUUUUAGCAAAUUUAUUUAAAGAUUGUAAACAUUUAAAAGAUAUUUACGGAAGCGACAGAAAAUGUCCAUAAAUUGGUGCUUUUACCCUAACCCAGCCCUUAGCUGUACCUAACCUUUCCCAUGACCACUAACCCUUAGGGGAGAUUAAAAAUGUCAUCUGGAUAACUUUUAUCUAUUAAUUUUUCAAACUGUUGCCUAAAUGGUCAAAAAAUUUCCUAUUUAAGUGAUUUUCUUUUGGAAUGUACUCAACUGCAAAAUAUUGAUAUAAGUAUGAAUUCUAUGUCUGUAGAAGUAUUUCAAAUAUUGUGUAAUAGUUUAAAAUCAUCAUCCGAUAAUCUAUUAUCAAUUAAUGUUUCUCAUUGUAGUAUUGAUGAUAUUAUUUAAAUGAUCUACUCAAAGAAUGUAGAUCAUUAGAAAAAUUUUUCUGUAUGGGAAAUGGAAUAUUAGGUGAAGGAUUUGGAAUGAUUUGUAAUGGCUUGAAAGCGUCAUUGGAAAGCCUUCAAACUAUUAAAUUUAAUAAUUUAACUGUUCCAACUGUUGAAAAUGAAAAUAUCGAUUUGAAUUCUUUAGUUAAGGAUUGUAUUUCAUUGAAAGAAAUUUAUCUUCCACAAAAUGUUAAACAUUAUUUAAUAAUUGAUCAUUUAAAAUCAUCAUCAUCUAAAUCUCUUGAAUUUAUUGAUGUUUUCAAAUGUGAAUUAAAUGAAGAACAAGGAAAUUCAUUAGCUGAUUUACCUGAAGAAUGCAAGUCACUGAGAGAAUUCUCAUUUGCUCAUGAUUAUCAAUUAUAUAAAGCAUUUGAGAAAAUAUGCCAAGGAUUAUUAUCAUCUUCCCAUUGUCUUUUAAAUAUUACUCUUCAUAAUUGUUGUCUGAAUGGUGAUCAGACAAAGAAUUUUAGUAUUUUACUUAAGGAAUGUAAAUUAUUACAACAAAUUACUAUAAAUAGUCAUGAGAAAUAUUUUAUAAAAGAAUUUAAGUCAAUUUUUCAAGGAUUACAAACAUCUAAAAAUCAACUGACAUCAAUCAUAAUUGAAUCAUUAGAUAUUGAUAAUGCACCUGAUUUGGAUUUCUUAUUGAAAUAUUAAAAGAUUUUCUAAUCAUUAAAAACUAUUCAAUUAACAUUUAAAAUUGAUAGUUUGGAUACAAUUGAUAAGAAUUUAUCAUCAUACUUGAAUAACAGUUGUUAUUCAAUUUCUACAGCAUUACGUGAUGUAAUUCAAAAACACCUUCCAAGUUUCACCAGAAUAGAAAUUUGCAGACAGAUUAGAUCACCAAAUUGGUGAACAAUUUCACAUUGUAGUUGCUAAUAAAUUGAUAACAAUCCACAUUUGGUGAAAUAUUGGGAAAAUUACAAGUUUAUCAACAAGUCCAACAUUAAAUUGUCUAUUGGUUAAAGACACUUUUUUUUAGUAAUGGUUUGUAUCAGUAUUGACAUUUUGAAAAUUAUUAAUUUCAUUGCUUAAGUGAGGAAGAUAUCUUCCUAAGUUGUGACUGACUAUUUCUCUUCAAUAUGGCUAGAGAGUUGCAACACAAAAUGCUAUAUUUUCCCCCUUUUAUACUUCUCAAAUUCAUUUUGUCAUUUUUAUGGAUUUUUUUGAUUCUACUCACCUGAGUUGAUGAGAGUCAUGUUGAUCUUGACCUAGUAAGAAUGUAAUAUCAAGUCACCAUCCCUCUUUAGGACGACGACACUCACUCCCUUUCCUCAACACACAUUAACUCUGCCACAUAAUUGAAUUGAUAAUAAAAUAUUUGUACUAUUAUGAUAAAUGGUAAGCAUAAUUGAAGCAAAUUCUUUAAUAUUUGUAGAGGAUAUGGAUUAUAAACUGACUCUUUCUUUAAUUAAUGGAUGUUAAUUGGAGCAAAUUUAGACAGAGAGAAGCAUUAGUGUGCUUAAUCUAUUUCAAAUUGUAAAGAAUGUCUAUGUAUACUAAAUAAUAAAAAGGAAUUUAGUACCAAAGGUCUUACAAAACUCAGUUUAUAAUUGUUAAUUAGUUCAAUAGUUUAUCUAUAACUUGAUUAAGUAGUGGGCAGUUUUGUUUAAAGAACUUAUACAUCAAAAUCAGGCAUUUAUUGUGCUUGUAGAUUAUAUUUCAACAUUUUUUAAAAACUAUUACUAUUUCAGAUGCUUAUUUUGUAUUUCGUCAUUAUUUGUCUGUUUUCAUUUCUUAUUUAAAAAUUAAUUCACAAAAUUGUAAAUUGUCGCUUGGUUCAGGCCAAAUGUGUAAUAAAACAGUCAUGCAUACUCCAAUUGGCAUGUGUUCUAUUACAUCUGAACACAUCCAAGAACAAGUAGAAUUCAAUGAACUUUUAUUAAUAUGUGUACAUAAUUUUAAUUCACGAUAUGAACUAUCUUCUUUAACUUCUGUCGAAACGAAUAUUUUCUCCGAGCAGUUCAUUUUGCUGUUCCAUUCCAAGUCUAAUUGGAAAUUAGAUUUAUAACUGAGACGUAUAGAAAAAACUGUGACUGUUUCUUCAUUUGGUAUAUUCAGGCAAGUUGAUGAAUUACCAUCAAUUAAUUUAUCUUUAUUAGUAAUAGAACUGCUCUCAGCUAGAAUAUAUUCUGAAAAAAAAAAGUUAAUGAAUAAUAUUCAUAGUGAAGACUUU